GCGAAAGAUUGCAUCUCCUCCACACCCACCACCGCCAUUGAGUCUUUACCUUUGACUGGGUUUUAAAGAUGCCGCCCCGUUUGAACCUUUUUACGGCCAGAGCAGCGGUCUUCCGCCCGGCCUCCAGCAACCAAUCCGUGUCUCGCCGCAGUAUCACGUCGCUUCUCAACGCCAACCGAUCGUCUGCCGCAUCGCCGAGCGCGACAGGCUUGAAGUCAUGCCUGUCGCAGACGCGAUACAGUUCGUCGGAUUCCAAGGGAAAGGAUGAUGCUGCGAAGGUGCCGGAAGAGCCUCUGCCUCAUGUCAGUGAGGAGGCCGCAGAGGUGGCCCACAUCAUGAACAAGAAGUGUGAUGGUAGUGCGCCGGCGAGUCCGGAGCUGGAGCAGGGGACGCCUAUUUCGGAGAUCUUCAAACGAGACACCGACGCUCAGAAGUACGCCCCCAAAGUGCUCAAGGACCAGAGCAAGGGUCCCUCGGGCACCCGCUCGUUCUCGACAUCGACCCGCCGGACACAGGCCAACCUCCAGGGUAACAACCAGAUGGAGCCCGCCGCCGCCAUGGUGGCCAGCAUGAUCUCCCAGGUCAACCAACAGGCGGCGGAGCUCAACCCGGGCCUGAAAUUCCCCGCGCCCGAAUCCCUCCCCAGGACCGAGAACUUCCGCACGCGUUACGAUACUCUCCUCGAUCAGUUCACCAAGCAGCUGAUGCGGGAUGGCAAGUUGGCUACUGCCCAACGGAACAUGUCCUUCAUCCUGGACCAUCUCCGGACCUCUUCCCCUCCCCAGGUCCACGCCAAGCGCCGCCUGCUCGGCAGCCCUUCCACCCCGCAACUCCCCAUGAACCCCGUCCUCUACCUCACGCUGAUCAUCGACUCCGUGGCCCCCGUGAUCAAGCUCCGCCAACAAAAGGGUAUCGCCGGUGGUGGUGCGUCCGUGCCCGUGCCCUUCGCGCUCAACCAGCGACAGCGCCGCCGUCAGGCUAUCCGGUGGAUCAUCGACGCCUCGGACAAGCGACGGGACAGCUCGCUCGCUCAGCGGGUGGCUAAUGAGUUGGUCUCUGUGGCUGAGGGCCGCAGUGGUGUGUGGGAGCGCCGGGAGCAUACGCAUAAGAUGGGUGUGGCUGGUCGGGCUAAUGUUGGGUUGACUGGUCGUAAGUAGUUUACUGGAGGGAGGUUAGAAGGUAGGGGGAGGGUGGUGCUUUGUACGACUUAUUGUCUGUUUUUUAUUUUCUAUACCAAGAUGGUAGUUUCUUUGGUCUAGGACGGGAUGGAGGUGCUCCCAUCUGAUGUAUUUUAGUUUUGAUUUUGUAGCCAUUGAGAUCAUUCAUGCAUAUAGUCACUGGACCUAU